UGUAGUUUCAUCAAAUUUAAUUUCAUAUAUUGAUUAUUAAUUUCCCAAAUUCUGCGCCAACUUUGUGGCAAAUUAUUAAAAAAAAAAAAUUGCCGGUGCUUUUUGUGGGCUUCACCUGGCACACUCUGGGGCACUUCUCUGUGCGCUUCUUCCUGCCCCGUCUCUCAGCUUGGAGCGGCAUCUGCUGCGCCGUUUGCCAGUUUGAGUGGGCAUUUUUAUGCAGCCAAUGCGAGCUGCUGUUUAGGGGCUUCUUAGCUGUUUCUUAAGUUUAUGAGCUGCUCGACUUGCUGCACGGUUUUCAGCAGCAGGCGGGCGGGGCCUUUUCCCUUAUCUCUAAGCCAACCAAAGGCAACAAAGUUGCUUCCAGUUUUGCUUUUGCUUUCGUGACUUUUCUGUUAUGCUUUUACAUUUAACUUUUGGAUUUUAUGCGCGUUAUAAGCACGCACGCACACGCACACGCACACACACGGACAUACACAUGCACACAUGAAAUUGAAGGCAGCAAAAAAUCAGUGCAUACUUCUGGGCUGGGACGGGAAACUAGAAAACACAUAUCAAAUUCGCAAUCUAAAUGUACCGAUCUAUGCCUUUAUCUAUAAUAAAUGUUUAUGCGUAUGCGUAUGUAUGUAUGCUUCGUUUCGUUUCCAACACGUUCCGCACACACGCACGGCUAACAAGAGUAUAAAUACAAACUGAGCAAAUGAUUUCAAUUUAUGUUUUAUGUUAAGUCUCUAACAAUAUCUAUGUGUUUGUCUAUGUGUAUGUGUUUAUAUAUGUGAUAUCUUUAAGUAGCCUAAUUGUUUAUGAGUGCAUAUCUCUGUCUAUAUAGAUAUAGAAAGGGAUUGAAGCUUUUAAUUUAUGCAAGCGAGAAGCGCACACAAGGCAACAAUUCGAAAUUAAUUUGAGUGUUGCAUAACAAAAGAAAAAAUAAAAACAGAAGAAAAAAUAAACCAAAACAAAAAAACAAAAGUGCGAGAAAGACACUUCGCGACAAUAUGAAGCUAAAAAGCGUUAAGCAAAUGGCAAACGAAAUAAGAAAUAAAAAGCAGCGAAAAUGAAGUGCAACAAGUGCGAAGCAAUACAGUAGGAGCCACAACAACAAAAGAGAAAAGCGAACAGCAAAGCGAACGAGCGAAGGCGAAACGCUAGCAAAGAACUAUCGGUAAAAAAGGAACGGUGAAAAGGAACGUUAAACGGCUAACGGUGAACGGUUAAUGUUGUAACGUGUUGCAAUUCCAUUGCGUUUCGGUUCGGUUCGUUUCGUUUCGUUUCGUUAUAAUUCCGUUACGUUGCGUACACUUUUGUACAGUUUCGCUUCGUUUCGUUCCGUUUCCGUUUCGUUCCGCUACUUCCGGCUGCACUUCCAAUGGCUGUUUGUUCCUUAUGAUGGAGACAUUUCUUGUCCUGGGCCUGUGUUUUAUCCUGUACGAAGCAUUGGAUUUCUUUCAAGGCUGCAUACACAGCAACACGCCCACACCGAGCGACCAGAUCGAGGCCUAUCGCCGCGAACUCGACGAACAGCGCCAGCAGCAGCAGCAGGAACAGUUCCUGGCCGGUUUAACGCCCCUGCUGGGCGCACAGUUCGCAGCCGCCGCGGCUGCCGCUGCCGCUGGCUCGCAAUCGACUCUUAGCAGCACCACGCCCACCGCCUCAACGGCCAGCGUUAUCAGUGACUCCUAUGAGCAGGAGCAAUCACAGUCCCAGUCACAGUCCCAUUCACAGUCACAGUCACAGUCACAGUCGCAGUCACAACAGCCGCAUUCACUGAGCACACCCGGCCUAUUUCGGCCCGCCGCAUUGGGCUAUUACGAUCCGGAGGAUCCGUUGCAUGCAACCUCAUCGCUGCCGCGCGACUAUUACUAUCUGCAACAGCAGCAGCUGAAGAACAAGGCCAGCUCCAAGUCGCUGCUCUCGAAGUUCUCCACAACCAAUUCGGACAAUCGCAUUCAUCCGGAAGCCAGCACGCACGGUGUGCUCGGGCUGCCUGCAUCGGCGGUAAUUACCACACAGCCGCUGCCCGCCGGUGAAUCGUCGGCCAGCUUGGGUCUCUUCGAUUGCCAGCCGCCGCUGGUGCCGCUGCUGCCUGCAUCGCCGUUGUUCCUGGAGCUGAAGCGUGCUAUAAUAAGCACUCAAGGAAAAAAGCAGACGACGCGUCGUCACAUCGUCGACGACGACGAGCUUCUGAGCGAUAACGAUAACGAUAUCGAUAUCGAUACCAUUUGCCCGCAGUGCGUGGAGGAGGAAGAUCAGGAGGAGGAGAACGAGGAGAACGAGGAGAACGACAGCGAGCUAUCCAGAAACUCCAGUUCCGGCUCCGACUGCCAUUCACCAGCCGGUGCCGCCAACAGUGAGCCGAACAUCUGCGCAGCAUCGCAGCUGCCGCGCAUCCAUCACAUUGCCAUCGACGAUAUAGGAAUCGGUGGCAUCGGGCAGACGUCAUCCAGCGUGGAGGCGAACCAUUGCCUGGCGGCCAGUUCCAGUUCCAGUUCGCACGCCGAUUUCCGGGAGAUCGAGUGCGAGCGUCUGCGACGCAAGUGCGUGAGCGUUAAGCGCAUCUAUAGCAUAUCGGAGAAGUUCUAAGCAAAAUUCCACAACUAUCCAAAUCCAAAUCUAAAUCAAACUCAAAACUCAACUCAUUUUUGUACAAAUGCGCAAAACUCACCAUUGCACCUGUCAGAACCAAAAGCAAACAGAAAAGAAACAAAAAAAAAAACUACCGAAUUACGCAAAAAAUCGCAUCCAAUAAUCAAAAAUAUCAAUUUACAAUCGAAUCGAAAUCCAAAUCAAUAUCAAAAUCAAAAUCAAAAUCAUCAAUCGAAUCUGCCUCACUGAAUUUCCAAAUU